AUGCUUGCUACACAUGCUUCCGCGUGCAUUGCCCCAUCGAACACUGUCCCAACCGAUUCCCCGAGAGGUGGAUGCCUGUCGAGGUCACCCAAUUUCAGCACGUCCUGGCCUUGUCGCCAGUGCCCUGCGGUAACCGAUGUGGUUGGGAUGUGGAUGGCCUCGGGGAAGGUGGCUUGCAGGACAUACCAUUUCGCAAAUGCCGUCUUCAAGCUGCUCGGCCUGGCUCCGGGACCUAGUGAAGAAUCUCCACGUCCGCUUCGCCUUCCAAGUCCUCAUAUCUUCCAUGCCAUCAUCUCCCAAGCCACUCUCCCUUGUCGCAGCCGUGCGCUCAACGCCACCUUCAACUUCGUGGCGUUCGGCUACUAG